AUUUGGCGCCCGCGUGCAUAAACAUUUGAAAUGACAGACGGAGUAGCACCAUGGAAUUUGUGAAGUUCCUGUUAGGUUAUUGCUGUUUUCAUUUGGAUUCUUCAGUAACUAGACUGUCAAGAUACCAAGUGGACGAUGGAAGUCAAGUUUGACUGCUGGUUUACUUUUCAAAACACUUUUGAUAUCGAGUAUUGUGGCAAGGAUAGGGUUUUUUUCAGAUAGUAUGCUGACCGCUGGUAUGGGAUUUGUGAAAAUUCGGACCAUAGCAGUUUUGUUAUCGCUGUCUUUAAGUUCGUCGUUUGUAUUAUGGUGGAUAACACCUCCGGACUACUCCAUGAAAGGUAAAAUAUUAAUUCACUUGUCGAAUUUCUUGAUGUAAGUCCUCUUCAAGGGGCAGUGUGGGGUAAAAAGCGUACACAUUUAGCGAGAUUCGAUCUCCACCUGAACUUUAUUACAACUUUUCUUUAAACUAUAUUUACACUUGCCACUUACGCAAUAGUUUGAAACAUAACUUAAGAGUUGGGCAUGUAUGGAACAAACCUUCGAAAAUUUAAAAAUACGUGGCAAGUAUGGGGAAAGCCUGUUUGCCUGUUGUGAAAUAUAUUAUUACUAUCAAAAUGUCCAGAGUUUUUGUGUCUACAUGUAUGUGAAAAUAUCCCCUUGAAUGUGAAAUAUCAAGAAUAUUAUUGUAUUAUUUUAUUCCGGUUCGGUCUUUUCUCAACUGAUACCACUCAGCUAAUUUGAAAGUUGUUUUCAAAGAGAUGCUUAUCGUCUCCUAUUCAAAACAAAGGCGUUAUUUUCAUAAAAUGAAAAUUGUAUGUCGUAUUUGCGGUAACAUUUGGAAAAUGUCUAUCAGAAGGUAUGGCCAUCUGCGCAAAACUUUGUUAAAAAAAUAUUACACGAAAUUAUUAAUUGUUUUAUGCUUUUUACAACGUUUUUUUUUCGUAGGCUAAACAGAACAUUCCAGAACUAUUUUUCUUUGUAGACGACUUAACAUUUUCUUUCCUUGGCACUGUAUUUUAAUUAUUUUGAGUGUCUUUCAGAACGUCUUCCCCAUCAACAUUAAUGAUGAUUGUUAUUGUCUCGUCUUUUUGUGCGAAGCUAAUAAAAGAGAUGUAAUCUGUUCGUAUCAAGUUUACGUUGAUUAAAAUCAAGGGAAUGCCUUAGAUUUAACGGAAGACAAUUUUUCCACUCUCAGAAAUGAUAUUGUUGUUCCACUUCAAUACAUGUAGAUUCUGUUAUUGAAUUGAUCCAAUUACCGGUAAAUUCUCAUUGAAACUUUGAAGACGCAGCUGACAAAACUAUUUACAGCAAUAAAUUACUUGUCUGUGAGAAGUAUGCUUUUCCACUGUUUUUUUAGUCUUGAAAAGAAAAAUAUUUACUUGAAGUGGGCAAUGGCCUCUCUGUUUUUCAAACUUAAAUGUAUGAAUGCAGAAUUAUUGUUGUACAUGGCAAGGAAUGAUAACUUAUCACUGAAGCAAGCAUAGUUCAUUAAGGAGGAAUUGAUUGACAUCUAUUAGAUUUAUAUCCAGAAGCUUCAUUAUGGGUUUUGAAGAGGCCUUGGAUAGACAAAAUGUUCUUUGAACACCCAGCAGAGUCAAUUAAAAUGCUGAUAACAAGAUUUCUGAUGACCACAUUGUGCAAUUAAAGUCUACAAUAAUUGUAUAUGAAGUGAAGUGUGUGCAUGCCUCCUAUAAAGUGUUGCAGUUUGUCAACUUGGUUUCUCUCUUUAAUAUCAGUUUUUUUUUCAUUUAGAAGUGGAAUAAACUGAACAAUUAUCUUAAUGGUGUAUUAUUUAAGGGAAAUCCUUUGGAUUUAAAGCAGCUGUGAAUGUCUUGUAGUGAUUUGGGUAACAGUCUUGUGACAUUGUUGAUUGACAUGAUACAUCUUUUUUCAAGCAAAUGUUAAUUCCAGUUUUUUUUAUUGUUUUUAAAAUUGGAAACCAAAUGUUAAAUAGUCUUUCCUAUUGAAGAAUUUCUGUUAAAAAAUAAUGGAAUGAGGGGUUAUUUCUGGAAACUUUGAGGCAUCAACAGUCGUAUUUUUUAUUGCUUUUAAAAUUGCAAACCAAAUGGAAUGGUCUUUCCAAUUGAAAAAUUUCUUUUAAAAAUUGAAGAGUAAGGGGAGUUAUUUCUUGAAACUUUGAUGCAUCAACAGUUCCUAUUUUUAGUGCAUUAUCAUGUUUGGUUGAAGUAAGUUCUACGUAUGUCGUCAAGUCUUAUUUUAGAACAAAUGGAACUUUCCUGAUAUUAGACAUCAUAACCUCAACUUACCUAGUAUUAGGAAACAAGUACCCAGACUCUAUGAGAGCUAUAAUUUCAGUAUGGUUUUUAUGCAGUAAAAUAUGAUGAUAAACAAAAUUUGUCCUGAGAUGCAAACAGUACCUUUUUGUGAAUAAAAAUGACUUACUUUGUGUAUUUUUCAUGUUUGUUACUUUUUGUUCAUGGAGCCAUGUCAAAGCUUCAUGUACUUUGGCAAGUUUUAGCAAGUUUUACUGCAAGUUGUACUGCCAAAUUACCAACGAUGAAAAGCAAAUUAUCAAUAAUGAAAAGCUAGCAAACCCAACUGUCUGAGCUGGAAGUUUUAUUGAUCUAAGAAAAAUGGUUCAAACUUAAGAAGAUUGUUAAUUGAUUUUUGGAUCUGAUAAUCAUAGGCAUUUUAGUUCAAUUCUUCUUGAGUUCUAGGAUUCAUUUUACAGUAAGUGUUUAUGAGUUGCUUUUCAGAUUUAUAUGGUUGGCUUAUGAUUGCCUAUAAUUUGCCCCAAAAUGGCUUUCACAAUGUCUUCAGAUUUGAACACAGUAAGAACACAGUAAAAACACAGAAUUAGUCAUUUCUCCUUAAUCUCUCAAAAGGUAUAAUUUGGGGACUGUUUGAUUCAUUCCCAAUCCCAUAGAUUCUGGGUUACCAAUGGUGAUUGUUGUAUGUUUUUUUAAUUGUAUUCAGAUUAAGAGCAGUUUAAUAGUAUUUUCGGAUAAGGAAAUGUUGACAUGGAUACCAGUAGGGUUAAUUCUAGAUGAUUGUUUUAUUACUCUUCUUUAGUUGUGGUUAUCUUUAAUUCAAAUAUGAUAUAAUGAGAAGUCUGUCUUCAACAGAAAGGGAAACUUCACCGCUGAUAUCAGGCAGAAGGCAGGCUUUCUUAAAAGAGUUUGAAAGAGUUCAGACAGAAAACACAGAAUUAAAGAGACAACUUAAACUGGUGCAACAAAGAUUAAAAGACCUGUAUGAGAGGGAUAGCCGCAACCAACAAGGUAGGUUGACAUUGGAUUCUUGGGAAAGCUGAAAUAAGGGUAAACAGUGAGUAUGAAUAUGAUGAUAUUUUUUUGUAAAAAGAGUAGGAAAAAUGUACUUAACUUUUGGAUAUUUAACCUUGAAUACCAAGUUGCACUCAGCUUCCUUUUGUACAUGUACCAAAAACCUGCCUGAUAACCCUUGCUGUAACUAAGUCUGUAGUGUAUUGAUUAUACAUGUACCUAUCUUAAUUAUUGACAACAACCUUAGUAUGGAUUCUAAGGUGAGCACUUUGUACUUAAUUCAGUAAAUGUACUACUCGCAGUAAUCCUACUGUACUGGAAAUACCUGCAUGCUGUAAAAUUACUAUAAGUCAAUAAACUCUUAUACUUGUAUAUGUGUAACAUGUUUAUCAAUAAAGUUCAGUUAGCCUUUGGAAAUAAAGAAGGAAUAGUCUCUCUAUGUCUGAAUGAUGACACUACAAAGUCAAAAGAACUGCAGUUUGUGCAGUUCCUUUUAUUUAAUUAGUUUCAGAUCACAUUUAAAGAUUGUAAGGUUACUUAAUAUGAUUAUGAUUUUUAUAACUUCAUUAAUGUUAAUUACGGCUAUUAUUAUCAUAAUUGGUACCUUAAUGAUGCACCCCUUUUCUUUCUUUCAGCAUCACAAGGAAACAAGUCAACUGCAUGUGUGAAUGACCUUUUCCUUUAUCGUUGUGAGGUAUGAUACACUACUACUUAGUGCCUUAAACUGUAAUCAUUGGUCAUCCUAGUAAGAUGAACAAAAAGAGAUUGUCUAAACUGGAAGAAAAAGCUGCCAAUUUAGUGACCUGUGGUCAUUUGGCAAGCUAGAAUGUAAUUAGUACCUAGGUCAUUGAUCUGAAAUUGAAGUGAGAUGCACAUCUAUAUACAAUACUUACUCCGUUGAUGCCUGGUUGAUUCCCUUUUUGAAACAUUGCCCCGCAUUACACUGAAAUCACCACACAGCAGAUACUCAGUGCAUGUAUGUAUGUUAUAGUUUUUAAUGAUUUCAAGGAAAAAAAUUAAUUCAAAAUAAUUAUUUUCUAUGCUUUUUGAGAAAAAUAUUUUGUUUUUAUCCUACUAACAACAUGAACUUAAUAUACAUGUUGCUGUUUUGCUGACUGUAACCCCUAUUCAAAAGUAUUAUUUCCUUUCACAGGUUAUACAUAUUGCAGUGGUCUGUGCAGGUCAUGGUGCAAGUCGCCAAGUAGUCACUCUUAUUAAGUCUAUUCUGUUUCACCGCCGCAAUCCACUUCACUUCCAUUUCAUAUCAGAUAGCAUAGGACAGGAGAUUUUGAGUGUCCUUUUUCAGACAUGGGCUAUUCCAGCAGGUACCUUGGGUCAAUUGCUAUAACUGACUAAUAUAGGUUUGCAAUUGAGAAACUAAGUCUAUUUACACAAUUAUGUAUCCUGAAUAUUUGGGAGAAAAUGAAAAAAGUUUCAUGCUGGGUGCAGAUCAAUAGUAAGCCUGAAUUACAUCAAGUUGCCUGCAGACUAACCUGCUCAAACUUAAAAUUACUUCUCUAUUGCCUUAAAAUUAGUGUUUAUUACUGCAAAGAUCCUUCUCAUAUCCAUUUAUUAAUGCACAGUUCAAAUAUAUGAUUUUCAUGUAUUGACAGAUAUUAACAAACCAAUGAAAGUGUUUGCCAAACAGCAUGCAUCACUAAGAUGCUGAGAUCUAAAUCCCCGAACAAUUGCUUUGAUUCUUUGGCUGAAGAUAUAACACAACAUAGACCACAACAAGAAAAUGUAACAUUUAAACAAAAGAAAAACUUUCUUACUGAAGAAUUAGUACACAAUUCUGUAGUGUAAUAAGUGUCACAAAGGUGUUGGAAGGUGUUCAAAGCAUCUAUUAAAAGUGUUUGUAUGUGAGGGUAUGCUGGUUUGUACUGCAAUAGUCUAAAUUAAGUCAACAGUCUAAAGUCAACAAAAUGUUGUUGACACUUCAAUUAUUAAAUUUAUCAUUAUAUAAAACAUCAAACCUAAGUUUAAACAAGAUUAAAUCUGUAAUGAGCUUACUGAAGUGAUUUUAUACAUGAGCGAGUUGAUGUGGGGGAGUUGGUCCAUGAGUGAGUUGGUUGGAUUCUGUCACCCUACAUGUACACACUGUAGCAUAUAAAUUAGUCAUAAAAGAAUAAAAGACGAAAAACAUCUUUCUUAAUUCUUUACUGAGCUUAAAACUUAUCAUCUCUACUAUUUCUAUCUACAAACAUUACGCUAUUGACAUUGCUGAUACUAGCAGUAUGCAGGACGCGUGCCAUGUGAACUUCGUAAUAAACCUUGCUCACCUUAGAGUCUCUGUGGCUCAGUGGUAGAGCAUUGGAGUGCAAAUCCGAAAGUCUGAGGUUCGAUUCCUCAUGGGGACUCAGAAUUUUUUCUUUGUCCCAUGCUUGUGACAAGAUGAAAAACAUCUUUCUCAAAUUGGUGAUACUUAUACCAAACAAAAGGAAGUAAAAAACUGAGUUGGCUACCUUUUUGUUAGUUUUUGUCAUAUAGGAGUUUGGCUUUGUUUUUUUUUUAAUGAUAUCAUUUCGGUUAUCACAGAAAUAUUGUGAAACUAGUAGAAUAAAGUUGACAAUCUGUAAAUGCAUUUCAGCAUGGUGAUGAUUAAUUUACUUUUUUUCUUUCUUUUUACAGUUGAUACUAGUUUUUAUAGCACUGAUUCAAUAAAGGUAAGGUAAUUUAAUACUGACUGCUUCUAUCAAUUGGAAGUGUGUAUUGCCAAUAUACCUUAAAAAAAUUGUCCGAAUAUCAAGUGCUAACUCGAUCUUUUGGUGAAUUUAUGUCAACAAGAGUAACUGUUAUUGGUAAUCAUGACUGACACUUUGGCAGCUUGUCCAGGUAAAAGUCAUCAUCAGAGGGCAAAGUUGCUUUUUUUCUGACUUGUUAUACUUUAUGGGGCUCAAAAGGGUUUUUAUGCCAGGGGAGAAUGGAUCCAAAUAAAUGUAACCUAUGCUUGAUCCUCCCCCAAAAUUUUGUUGCCUGAGUUGUAAACAACAAGGCAGCCCCAAAUAAAUUCAAAUGAACAAGGCUGAACUUAUUUGUUUCCAAAAGUUGAACAUGGCCAUUUGUGCAGUAAAAAGGGAAAUAUUACUUAUAAAAAGAGCUUUGAGAAAAGUGAAAGUUUGGCCAACAAAGAAAGGCAAAAAAAAACUUUGGGAGAGUGAAGACUCAACAAUGGUGCACUUGCGAUCAAGGAUUGUACAAAUUUACAUCUAUGCUUCACAUGGAGUUAAGUUUUUCUGACAGGUGCAAGGUUAUCAAAUUAACUCAGAGAUAUCUUUCAAAAACUGAGUUUUGGAGGGUCUCCAAACACUGCUGCAUUGUUGCUAUGGCAACAGAUGAGGUCUCAAAAACAUGCUUAAAAAAUUACUCAACAAUAGUUUUAUUUAAGUGUUGAAAAAUUUUCCUGAUGAUGAGAUUGACAGUCUUGUAAUCUUUAGUUAGAAGACUCUAAGACUUUGAUGGCAGAAAAUGUCACUUUCAAGCCUCUUUAAGUCAUGGUUCACAAAGAAUGAUUGUUCAGUUUUGCCAUGAUUUUAUUAGCUGUAAAAUUACAGGUAGCUUAUGUCAGUUGUGAUUCUCAACUAGUGGUUAAGAUUAUAAAAUGACAGCCAAUUGCUCUCUUGAGUAAACCAUGUGCUAUAAAUGUCCAUUAUUACAAGCUACAUGUUCACUAAGUAGCUGAUGGAAGAGUUCACUUUGAAACAGCUCAAUAAAAACAGAGAGAUAUGCAGAGUAAGAAAAUAAAGCCCUUAAAUUGUGAGUUUGUUCAGAAUCUAUUAUUGGAACUUCAGAUCUCUUCCUUUCUAAAGCUGUGCAUGUCAGAAAUGUUUUCUUAAGGAUCAUUUUUGUAUUAAGUAUUUUUUUUUCAAGAGCAGUGUAUUUAUGGAGUAAUGAUUGCAAUUUUUUGUUACAGGAUAAAGUGUCUUGGAUACCUAAUAAACAUUAUUCUGGAAUCUUUGGUUUAAUGAAGUUGGUGUUAACUGAAGUUCUUCCACAAUUGCUUGACAAGGUAUCAAGUUAAACUUGUAUUUAUGUGGUUAUCACCAAGUUAACUUUGUGUUUUAGGGAAUUUAGGAUUACCAGAGAGUGCUAAUCAAUUUGGUUUAUGAUUUUUUCCUUCUUAGUUAUUUCACUUGACAAGUAUUUUAUGAUCUUGGUUGUAUUAAAUAGAAAAUGAGACAUUCCUUUCACUUCAAGUUCUGAGGCCCCUAUAAAUGUAAGACUGAAAUUUGUUAUGCAUAAGUUAUUCCUGACAAAUAGAAUUAAAAGAAAUGUCAUAUCAAGAUUUGAGUUUGGAUGGAAAUAAAAUAUUUUUGAAGAUGGGGGGGGGGUGUUAUUUGGCACUAUUUGCAACCCCUACACAUCUGGUGAGAGCAAAAUUAACCUAACAUAUAAAAAUAAAAUCUGAGCAUGGUAGAAAUAACCCUACCACCUUGUUUAGUUAUCACAUUUAUUAUCUGAGAUAAAUUUUGUAUUGUGUUUGUGCUGUCCUUAUGGAUGUUAUAUAUCACCAUAGGUACUUGUUCUGGAUACAGAUGUCAUAUUUGCAUCUGAUGUUGCUGAACUGUGGAGAAUGUUUGAUCAACUUACAGGAAGAAAGGUCAGAAUCAACAUGGUGGUAAUCUUUUGGAUUUUAUUGUUGGCUCAUUUGUAUUCUUUGUGUAAUUUCUCUAAGGGAAAUUGUUGUUAUGGCAUGUGCCCCUCUGUCCUAUCUGUUGUGUAAGGGUAUGUUGCUGCCUCUUGAGUUUUGGGUGAACUGUGCCCAUGAGUCACAAUAAUUUUAACACUUGAAUAAUGAAACUGAUGUAUUUAUUUACUUUUUUCAACUUUUUUUGCUUUCUUGAUUUCUGUUAAGGCUAUUGGUCUUGUAGACAACCAAAGUGAUUGGUAUCUUGGCAAAUUAUGGAAAAACCAUAAACCCUGGCCUGCUUUGGUGAGUCUUUGAAUUGUUUAAAUUUAAAGCAGUGAUGCUUUUUAACUGUCAGUUGUAAAUGCUUUGGGAGCAGAUGGCAGUAUUAUGGAAUUGUUCACUGGUGAGGUGGAGAGAUGUCCUGAAAUGGAAUGUUGGAAAUGGUGUGGACAGAUAUUUGAAAACCCUAAAGGGAUGUGCUGUAAAAGUAAGGUGUUUCCCAGUAUAGCACAAAAUAGUGAUCCUGGUGGGUUUGAACUUGUUCCUUUCCAUCCAGAAUCCAGUGUGCAAACCAUUAGGCAACUGCAUGAACCUUGGGCACAGGAACUUUAAUUUUUAUGCUUAUUUAUUUAGGGGAGAGGGUUCAACACAGGAGUUAUACUUCUGGACCUGUUCAAGUUGCGCCAAGAUAAGUGGACCAGUCUGUGGAGACUGACUGCUGAGAGGGAACUUAUGAACAUGCUGGCCACCUCUCUUGCAGAUCAGGUGAGCUCAUAAUCCUUUCUUUUACAGUUACAUGUGGCUAUGUUGGACUGGUGGUUUUUUUUUUAGAAUAAGAGAGUCAAUUAUCUCAACCUUUGGAAAAUCACUCAAGGCUCUAAUUGUGGACCUGACAUCCAAUUAGAGGUCCCCCCCCCCCCCCAAAAAAAAAAAAAAAAAAAAAAAAAAACUAUGACAGCUUAACAUUUUAUCUUUACAGUAAAUGGCAAAAAAUACUUUGGGGGAAGUUAGCUUAUGUCUGACAUGUACAAAAUGGAUCUUGAGGAUCUCCUGGUAAUUCCUGAAUCACUAUGUGGGAUACCUGUGGCAGACCAUGGCAAAAAUUUGCUUGAGUGUUGUUGUCAUCAGAUAUGGAAGUUAGCCUCAUGCCUAUGCUUCUCACAGAAGUUAGGCUCAAUGUUAAAUGAAUCCAAAAUUUAUAUCCUUCCAUAACUUAUUAAGUAGAUGUUUGUGUGUUUCUUUUGAAGGACAUAUUUAAUGCAGUGAUAAAGAGUAAUCCCCAUCUAGUGUUAAAACUGCCAUGUACAUGGAAUGUUCAGCUUGGAGACAACACUCGCAGUGCUGUGAGUACUUUCCUUUUAUGUCAUCCAGUAAUUAGUGUCAUAUGUCUGAGUGUAUAGGUAGCUGUCACUACACAUUUAGUGCAGCAACUGUAUUAAGUACAUGUAAACAAAGAAAAUAGUAAUCAGUUGAUAGAGCUCUUGUCAAAUGGAACUCUUUUUAAAGGCUCUGAUAAACAAGCAGCAAAUCACCAAAUGCCAUGUGGUAGGAGAACGCAAGGCAGAUAUUUACAGAUUGCAGAUGAGACUACUGGUCAGGUUACAAGUCCUGCAUUUUAACUGUGUAGCAUGCUUACCCCUGCAGUUUGCAAUAUGUAGUGGUGAAAUAAAUGAGGCAUCCUGUUGUAAUUAUGCCUCUAACAAAGUAAAAAAAGACACAAAAAUACUAAGAAUCAUCUUCUUGUAUACCAUAUUUACAGAACUGUUACAAGGAUGUCUCUGAAUUAAAGGUGAGCUGAAAGUUUGGUUUUUUUUUUUCAAAAUUGACAGUUAUGUAUCGUAUAGAUAUUCUUAUUAAAAUAAACAUGACACUAAUUGACAAAUCAAGUGCUAUAAAUAUUUUUUAGAAUUAUUAUAAUAGUCUAAUUUAUUCUUUGGUUUUUCUGAUUUAUUUCUGAGACAAAUUUAUUUACUCUCUCAAUCUUGAUUGAAGUUUUAUUUAUCAGUGAUUAGUUCUGCAUGUGAGGGGGCCUCUUAAUCUCUAGUCAAAGCACACAUUUCUCAGCUCACCAAACCUCCCAUAGAAAGCUGAGGCAUUAAGUUUGUUUCCAUAUCACCAUGUAGGUUAUUCACUGGAACUCCCCGAAAAAGCAGCUUGUGAAGAACAAGUAUGAAGAGUUUUUCAGGAACUUGUAUUUGACUUUCUUGGAAUAUGAUGGUAACUUUUUAAGGUAAGUUAACAGAUCUCAUAUCAAGUCAUAUUACAAGAAUCUGUGGGUACCAACAGAAGUGUCAGUGUUCUUAACUUGAAUAAAUCAUGGUGAUCCCCUAGAGCCCCAUUUACUGAAAAGAAGGGGCACUGAAAGAACUUGAAAAAGUCAAAAAGUUUUAGUUUUAACAGCAUUCUGCAACUGGCAACAGAAAAAUGUGAGCCACCAAUCCAAACAUCAGUGCUUAUUUUGGGGUUGAUGGCAAGAAACUUCAUUGAUUAAUGACUCACUAUAUAAUCAAGAAGAAUCGGUGUUUCAAUGAUUAGAGAUUUGUGACAUCUACUGUUACUAGGCGAUGGAUAUUCUCUUGUGAUGAAAAUGAUACAAAGUUGAAUAACACAACAGAUGGAGCUAGGCAGCAGCCAUCAGACAAGGUAACAGACAGUUAUUUUUCUCUAGAAGGUUGUAGUGCUUUUCUAAUAGACCAUAAACACAAGGUUCUCAGGGGCAGUAGUGAACUAUUGGUCAAGGGCAAAUAAAUGCAGUAGAUGAUCACAAGAUGCUUAUUAAAAAAAAUAGGUAUUGUAAAUUCAUUUACGCACAGCCAUAGAUUUACAAAAUUUUAAGAUUCUAGCCCUCUGAAUAUUUUUUAACUUGAAGUUAAUGUUACAAUAAUCAUCAGUUAAUGGAAUUUCUUUUUCCUUUUUACUAAGAUCAUGUGACCUGGAAAAAGGUUCAUACUGGUUUAAUUGCUCUUACACAGUACACUCAAACUGUGUUAGGUGGCUAACAAUCUUAAACUCAUUCCCACAUAACUGUGCGUUUUCAUGGAAAAUGACAGUUCAUUCAGCUGAACUUCCAUUGAUUGAUUACUUAGAGAUUAUUAAUUUUAUAAAAACAAACCCAGUAAUCCAGUGGGUAAACAAAAAUGUUUGUCAUAAUUGAACUUGGGUAUUGCAAAAUAUUUUGCUUCUUAAGUGUCACACAGAUCAGUUAUCUUCCUCAGUCAGUUUUAGCUUUGGCAAAUAAUCAGUUGCAAUCAAAAUAUUUGGCUCAACCUUAUCAAAAUGUUCGUAGCUUGCAUUUUUUUUUUCAAGUGGUAGCUUUCUACUAAACGAAGUAAAUUUUGCAAGGAUGUUGAUUUAUCUCUUUAGAUCUUUGAUAACCUUAGUAGCCCUGAAUUUGAGUGAGGCAAUCCUUCAUCUUAUAUGUAUGGACAUAUAGAUAAUGAUGUGUGCUGAAGGAAAUUAAUUGCUGUGUUUUAAUUCAGAGUGCAGGAAACGUGGACAGUGAGGAUGCAUGCUAUGAAUUUAAGCAAGAGCAAGAUUUGACACACAGGACUCAUCUAUACUAUCUUGAUUAUGAUUUUUCACAGGUAAGCUGAAUUGUACUUUUGUAAGCUUCAGAUUGUUUGGUAAAAUGGAGGUGAAUUGCUUGAUUUUUUUUUUUUUUUAUGAGGGUGCAAUCAGAAAUAAUUGAGUGGGAUCAUGUUUAUUCUUAUUCCUGAAAGUUUUAAGGACCUUUUUGCUUUUCCUCAAUUAGAUAAGCAAGGGGAAGAAAAGAGUAAUUUAAAGAAGAUUAUUGUUUUCUGUUAUAAAAAAGGAGGAAAUAAGUCAUAUUUAAAGAUUUGAGCUUGUCAUACUGUUUAUCGUAAAUGGAACAAAUAAGGCAUGUAAGGUGUUAUCAUUUUUAAAACUGAAUGACACCCUGUCUGUGAAAGUAGUAGGUUAUCAACCUUUCAAUUCACUUAUCACAUCCUGUUCACAAUUAUAUAAUCAUGUUGAUCUCUCUGAAUAAAGCUCACUUCUGCAUAACUGACUCUUGGUGUGUCUAAUUGACAGGCUGUUGAGCCCUCAGAUGUUACACUUGUAGUGCAGCUUUCCAUUGACAGGCUACAGAUGAUUGAGACUAUUUGUCUCCACUGGGAAGGUAAAAGUGAAAGUGAAAGUUGUGUCUCUUUCAGUGAAGGAAGUGUUACAGAUUCUUUCAAAGACUUCAAGAAGAGCCAAAAACAAAAUAGACACAGGAAAACAUUAAUUUUAAUUAGUAAUAAGGAUAGCUAAAUCAUGUGAUGGGUCAGAAAUCCAUGGCAAGUGUGUUGGCUGAUACAAAAAAUAAACUCUUAAGUGUUAAAAAUAAAAUGCAAAAUUAAAACUGCUUUUCUUAGAAAAAACACAGUAACUGUAACAAUGUAUUCCAUUUACCUCUACUGUUCAAUGUGCUGGACCAAUAUUGAUGCUAAAUAUUUGAUACCAUUGUAACCAAAGUUUUGUUGGAAGAUCUUGAUACCAUUCAAAAGAUAUCAAUUCUUUCAACACUGCUUGGGACUUGACUAUUUUAUCCAAUGCCCUGUUUCAGGUCCCAUCAGUUUAGCUUUGUACAUGUCUGACAGUGAGGCACAACAGUUCCUAAGCUAUGUUCAGAGCUCAACUGAAUUAGUGAAAAGAAAAAAUGUAGGAUAUCACAUUGUCUUCAGGGAAGGAGUAAGUAAAUAAUGUUCUGUUUGAUUUUUUUCACCAUAAACAAGUAAUACCAGUCGCUUUUUCCUUAUUUUAAAUUUACACAAUUAAUGGUGUUAUGUGCACUUUGAUUUCUCAAAUACCCUUGCACUGAUAUGCCCAAAUGUUCCCAUCAGGUCUGCUGGUUUUCAGUCUGAUAAAACCUUCUAAAAGUUAGUGAGCUACAGACUCUUGUUUUCUCCCAAACAGAAGGUGGUAUUCUCAAGUAUUUUUAACUAUUAUGACAUAACUUAGACAUAGCAUGUACUCUGAUUGUUCAAAAAUCUAUUGAAUAUUACCUGUAUUCCCAUAGAAAACUGAAACAGUGCCCACAUUGGGCAAAUUCUUUGAUUUUAAUUUGUUUAAACAGCUUCCUAGGCUUGCAGACUUUUAAAACUUUCCUUACAGAUUAUCAGAUUGCAAUUGCAGUGGUAGGCCAGUUCUGGUGACAAAAAUUGCACUAUUUAUAGUUACUGUAGUAUUCCUCAUUAUCACUUAAUAAUUUGGGCCUUCAUCUUGCAUGUUGCCAUUUCUCCCUAGUUUUCUUAGUCUUCAUUUGGCAAUAAAUUAUAAUUACAGUCUUCACUCUUCUGGCUGGCAGUUCGUCUAGUUUCUGGGACUUGGAUUGGAUUAUGGCACUUUUUGACAGGUUUCAUGGGAAUCAGCAACCUGAUCGCAAACUAAGAUUAAAUAUAUAUUUCUCUCUGACAAACUUCACUCAUCUUUGUGUCAUAACAUGAUGAUCAUGUAGAGCCUACUUACACAUUGUAUUGAUGAAUGGAUGAAAACAGUGAAUUAGUUCAAUCUGUUUCUUUUAGCUAUGGUCAUUUGAUAUCCUAAUUUUUAAGAUGUCAGCUUCCCUAUGCAUUAACAGAUAGUAAUUGUCAAUCUUAAGUGUUAGUAUGAUGCCUCAUCUUUUAUCUCAACUGGGUUUCUAACCUCUUUUUCAGCAAUUUUAUCCAGUAAACUACCUCAGAAACAUUGCUUUGGAACAUGUGCACACUCCAUUUGUAUUUUUGAGUGACAUUGAUUUUGUACCAGGGCCAGGAGCAUACAGCUCUAUGAGGUUUGUUGAAACAUAAAACAUCACUUUUUAGUGUUCUUUCUUUACUGAAUCUGAAUUAUCUAAAUGUCAGGCCAGUUAUUUGUGAGAAGUACAUGUUCUAUUUGUUCCAAAAAAUCAACUGAUUAAUUUGUUUUUUAACUUGAUCAUAUAUCCCUGUUUGGUAAGAAUCAAUGAAAGGCAUCAUGUCAUCCAGUUUUUUUCUCACCCAUGAGGAGCAGGGUCAUGGUUGAUCAGUCAUAUUAUAAUAGUAUUUAAUAUGUACUACCCUUUAAGCAUUUUCAAAUUUCCAUCAGCCCACAGCAGUAACUUUCCAUUAUUGUUUGAACAGGCAAUGGUUGAAAGCAGCUUCAAACAUGAACAAAAAGGUCAGUUGAUAUUAAUGAUUGAAGGUUUUGGCAAAAGAGGGGUCUGUCAAAUUUCAAAAUUGUGUUACUUAACUAUUGUGUAACAUGUUGGAAAUCAUGUAUCAGUAUAACUUUGAGCUUGUGUCUUAAAGGUAUUGAUAUAAUGUUCUAUUCUUGCCCCUGAGUUUAAAACCCCACUAUGGUAGUGAAAGAAAGGUCAAUCCACUGAUCACCAGCCUAUUUCAGAUUUAAAAAUAGUAGGUAAUACUUCGUAUUUGUUUGCAGGCAUUUGUUGUUCCAGCCUUCGAGACUCUUCACUACAAAUUAGAUUUUCCAAAGACAAAAGCACAGUUGCUGUCUCAGUGGGACCUGGGCUCAAUAUUUACAUUUAGGUGGGUUCAACAAGGGAUUAUAACUUUUUCAUUUUCAAUGAAGCCCAUUUUUUUUCAAAGAGGCCAUUUAUCAGACUGAAAUCAUAAAAUGGUGGAAGGAGAAGAAAUUAUUAUAUUUUAGAGCAGAUAGUUAAGAACCUAUGAUCAAGACAUAAAAUAUAUCAUUGAAAGAAUUUUGUUCUUGUAGUAAUUGCAUAUUAAGAAAUUAAAUGUUUAUUUUACUAUCAUGAUUAUUGAUGCAGAAUUCUCUUCCUUGCAACAUGCAGAGAAUGUAAGUUUGUUACAGGUUAUGAUUGAAAAAUCCACACCCAGGUACUGUGUCACAAGUGUUAAUGGUGUGAAGGAUUAGUCAGAUGACCAAUGUUUCGUCUGACAUUUCUUGAUCUUUAUCCAGACACCAUGAGUGGAGUAAAGGUCAUGCAGCAACCAAUUAUGCCAAGUGGAGAACAGCUACCACCCCAUACACUGUAAGUAGUGGCAGUAAGAACAUUAUAUCACAUUGUUACUAAUAUUAUUUGACUUUACUUCACAGAAUGGUGUAAUCUGAAUUUGUAGCUUGACCCACACAUUCAUAGCUGCAUCAUAGUGUACUCUUAUAAAUGAAACUUUGAAUUUGAAUCAUAAAAAUGGAAACAUCAGGAAACUUUCUGACUGUGAUCUAGAAAAUUUUGACCUUAAUAUGAUGCAAAAGACAGGCACAGAGUCUCACAAGCACAAAAAUAAUUCUGCAAUUGAAACUUUCCUUUUUUUUUUUUUGAGUUGGAACAGUAAAAAAUGCAACUUGUCUUUUCUCAUUUCUGUUUUUCUUUAAGUUAUGGAACUAAGUGGCAUGAUUGCAGCAGGCCCAGAUUGCUUUUUCUGGACUGGCUCAUGUCAGCCUGUCCUGCCUUGCACAUGUCAGCUGUCACUAUGGUCUUCUUUGGGAUUGCCCAAGUGGGGAGGGACAGUUCAUGUGAUAAUACUAGCUAAUCAUUAUUCAAUAAAUAAAAACUACUUUUUAAAAUCAAUUUCAUUUUAUGUAAAGCAUUUGUUUAAAUUUAUUCAUUACAGAUUCAGUGGGAAGAAGAUUUUGAGCCUUACAUAGUUGUAAGGAAUAAUAUCAGCAGAUAUGACAAACGUUUUGUUGGAUUUGGUUGGAAUAAAGUAGCGCACAUAAUGGAAUUACAAGCUCAGGGGUAAGUUAAAUAUGUUAGAAUUGCCAUAAUAAGCAGUCUACUUGAUGGUGAGUUAAUUGGAGAAAUACAAUUGUCUUCAAAUAAAAAUUAAAUUGUAUAUUUAGACAACAAAUUUAAAAUUAACUUCAGUCUAGACUUUGGUAGAUACUUUUUAAAAGAUGAGCUGUUUUUCUUGAGUCACUAAGAGCAUUCCCAUACUUGAAGCUUUAUUGUGACAGUAUAAUAAUUAUUAUAUACAGUGAUUACAUCCUGGAAAUAAACUGUAUAUAAUGGGAAGUUUCCCAACCCCUUAUUUUUAUUUCAGCCAAUGGAAAAAAGUAUAUAUUUCUUGUGAUCUCAUUAGUGGAAAAAAUCAUAAUUCAGUACUGUGACUUUCUCUUAUUUUCUGUGAAUUUUCAAAUUUGUCAAUUGGGAAGCAGGCAGAUUGACCACUUGUUUUCAAAGAAGCUGGGUAUAAGUAAGUUCUCUGACACAGAGAUGGGAACUAGAGACUUGUAUUAUUUUGUAAUUUGUAUUAUGCUUUGAGUCUCCACAUCAGAUUGUACAAAUUAAAACGAUAAGCAUUUCAAAAGGUGGAAUAAAUUGCCUUCAACAUCUUGAAAAUAUUUUGAAAAAUAAUCGCCUGAAGAAGACCAGCAGUAUGCAGUCAAAACAUCGUGAUCUACAUCACACAUGAGACAAACGAAAAACUUAGCUUUUAUAAAAAAUACAUUGGUGCCCUAAAUGCUCCAACUUUACCCCACAGUAAGGGAAAAUACCACAGAUAUGGUGAGCUAAAUUUUAGUGUGUUGGACUCCAUGAGAUAAGCCACAGUCAAAUGAGCCACUUAAUUUGACAGCUGCAGGACGUCACUUUAAAUCUACAAGCAUUCUUUAAAUUACAUGACUUUGUUUACCAUAAUUUUGGAUUGUGUGAUGUUGUGUGUUUAUCCACAUGUGCAAUCUCAACCAUGGGAAACUUGAGAGUUAUGAUCAUUAUGGUGAUGCCACUACUAUAGCAACUUGAGACAAAUAGUUCAGGUUUAAAAUGGCUGUGUUUUUUACCAUCUUUUUGCAUAUAUACUUACAUACUUGCAUAUAUAUAUAUAUACUAACUUGUUUCCUAUUGUGUCUUUCAAACUUGAGUGUAUAUGGUAUUGUCAAUUUAAGGGCAACAUGGUGUAGAGGUGUGUAGAGAUUAUUACUUCAUAGGGGCAGUAUUUUCAACUCAGUGUUAUCAAAGCUUAUACUGUACCUGGUUUUUGUUCACAGGUAUGAAUUUGUAGUUUUACCAAAUGUGUUCAGCAUACACAUGCCACACUCACCUUCAUUUGAUAUAUUUAAAUUCAGAUCCAGUGCAUUGUACAGAAGGUGAGUGCAAAUUUACAAUCUUGUGAAAUAUUGAAACUGUCUGAAAGUUUGAAAAAAAUACUAGGCCUGUAUGGGAUUUUCACUUUAUCUCAAGUAGUGUUCAGUACUGGGAAGAUUGCUUUCAUAUCCACUUCUUUAUUGGAAAUUCACACAUAUGAUUUUCAUUUAUGACAUGCAUUCAUACACCACUCCAUGGGUUUAUUUGGAACCAACAUAAUGACCUGCUCUCAGUUGGCUUGUUAGUUCAGUUGGUAGAGCACUGCAUCAGUAUCACAGAGGUCAUGGGUUUAAAUCUUGUACAGGCCUGAAUUUUUUCAGGCCUUAUUUUCACUACUGCUCAAGUAGUGUUCAUAACUGCGAAGAUCACUUUCAUAUUCAUUUCUUCUCAUUGAUAGUGGUGACCUGUUGAAUUUUUGUUCACAGAUGCCUCAGUAGAUUAAAACAAGAAUUUGUUCAAGAUAUGAUAACAAAGUAUGGAAGGGAACAUUUGGGAGAUGUGGACAUGGAUAGUUAACAACUGUUAUCUUGAUUUGUUUUAAGUCAUGUUUAUAAUAUUUUAAAUCUGUCAGUUUUAAUCAGCAGUUGAAAACAAAAUACUUUUUAUUUAAACAAGCUUGGAGAAAGUUUUACUAGGUAACAAACCAAGUGCUGAGGGGGUUUUAUGUCAUGAUUCCUAGAUCAGAGCAAAACAGCGGUAUCAUUACUGGAAGAACAAGGUAGCAUCUUGGCUGUUUGUGUUGUAGUAAAAUAGAGCUAACUCUUUACACCCUAACAUAGGUGUUCUUAUUCUCCUUGCUGUUCCCUAUACAUUUCCAUUGAGGCUGACAUGGAGAAUUUGUUCACCUUUCAAGUGCUUCUCCAGUUGUCUUAUUGGCAAUCAUUUCCUUUAUUCUCAUGACCUUAGAGUUUGAUUCAGCAGUAAUACUCAAGAAGAAAUUAGAUGCCAACCAUUCUUAGUGGUUAAAGGGUUGACCCUUUCUUAGCCAACCCAAAGCUUAGAUUAAACAUGCUUGGCACAGAUGAAAGUGGUAUGAAAACAGCUAUAGAUACAGUUUUGUUUUGUACUACAUGUAAUUAAGCUGAGUUAGUUACAAACUGUAAUAAAUAACAACUGUCUUCACUUCAUUUCCAAAUUCAAUUAAAUCAAAGGUACUCUUUUAACUUACAAACUUUCAUAUUUCAGUGAACACACUGUUGAUACAUGAACUAAACUUUUAAUAACAAUUCAAAAGCAGUAGUUUUAUAGGGUUUUUUUUAAAGGUUUUACUUAAAUUGAAUCCUUACACAUAUUCUGAUACUUAUAGCUAUUUUAUGAGGGGAUAGAACCUGCAAUAGUUGAAGUUACAGUUAUUUAUUUUUAUGUGUACCAACAGCAUAGAGAGCAUUGUUUACUAUAAAUUUCCUGUCAGUGGUGAUCAUUCUUUGUUGUUGCAGUGCUGACUAUAUGUUCUCUUCUGAAUCUAUUUUUGUUACAGUGAUGAGUGAAAAUCAGUCAGGUUGCAUCCACAAAAUACAAAUCAAAAUUAUUUACCCUUGAAUUUCAAAUCCAUGUAGGUAAUUCUAAUUUAUUUUCACGGAAAUUUUAUUUUAUUUACACAAGGGUUGAGGCUAGUUGUCACAAAUUAUUUGAUAAAUCCAUGAUCUAUAGAGUAAUAAAUUGUAAUAAAAAUAUUCAAAUGAUUCAAC